CGUCGUGCACGAGCGUGAUGUCAGCGCGUCGUCGAGCUCGAAAAAUGUUAGCGUAUGUUGUCGAGUCCGGGAGCGACGAGCGGGGGGCUUCGCUGGGAAGGACAUAAACUCGGGGCUUGUGUAGGGCUGGGAACACACACACCGUCGUGUCUGUGAGCUGUGAGCGGCUUUGGGGGCCUGGGACAAAGUUAGUCUGAUUAAUUUAUUUACAGGAGUGAUGUCGAAUCCUGGGACUCGGAGGAACGGAUCGAGCAUCAAAAUCAGACUGACAGUCUUGUGUGCCAAGAAUCUCGCAAAGAAAGACUUCUUCCGAUUGCCCGACCCUUUUGCCAAAGUUGUGGUGGAUGGCUCAGGCCAGUGUCACUCCACAGACACAGUUAAGAGCACACUGGACCCUAAAUGGAACCAGCAUUAUGAUCUAUACAUCGGGAAAACCGACUCGAUCACGAUCAGCGUAUGGAACCAUAAGAAGAUACACAAGAAGCAGGGAGCCGGAUUCCUGGGCUGCGUGAGGCUCCUGUCCAACGCCAUCAGCAGACUCAAAGAUACAGGCUACCAGCGUUUGGAUUUAUGCAAGCUGAACGCCUCUGACAGCGACGCUGUCCGGGGUCAGAUAGUCGUAAGCCUCCAGACCCGUGACAGGAUUGGCAGUGGCGGGCCUGUGGUAGACUGUAGAGGACUGUUAGAAAAUGAAGGGCCAGUCUUUGAGGAAUCCGGACCAGGACGGCCUCUCAGCUGUUUCAUGGAGGAGCCUCUGCCCUACUCGGACCCCACAGGGGCUGCUGGUGGGGGAAACUGUCACACUCUGGAGUCACCUAAUCAAGAGCAGAGGCUUCAAGUCCAGAGAAUCCGAAACCAGGAUACUAGAAGUCACGCUCACACCCCACAGAACCGGCCACAUGGGCACCAGUCGCCGGACCUCCCAGAAGGCUAUGAGCAGAGGACCACGGUGCAGGGACAGGUCUAUUUUCUACACACACAGACUGGUGUCAGCACUUGGCACGAUCCCAGAAUACCACGAGAAUGUGUUACUGCGGAACAGCCCGGUGAUCAGUCCGAUUGCUCCUCCAGGGAUCUGAACAGCGUGAGCUGUGAGGAACUGGGUCCUCUGCCGCCCGGCUGGGAGAUCAGGAGCACGGUAUCAGGAAGGAUUUAUUUUGUUGACCACAAUAACAGAACCACACAAUUCACAGACCCGAGAUUACACCAUAUCAUGAGCCAACAGUCUCAGGUGAAGGAGUCGAGUCAGGCUCUGCCAGUGCAGAUGGAGGUUCCUGUAGAGGAGGGUGAAGGCGAGCUGCCUGUGCGGUAUGAGCGAGAUCUCGUCCAGAAGCUCAAGGUGCUGCGCCAUGAGCUGUCCUUGCAGCAGCCUCAGGCCGGACACUGUCGCAUUGAGGUGUCCCGUGAAGAAAUCUUUGAGGAGUCGUAUCGUCAGAUCAUGAAGAUGAGGCCGAAGGACCUGAAGAAGAGGCUAAUGGUCAAAUUCCGUGGAGAAGAAGGCUUGGAUUACGGCGGAGUGGCGAGGGAGUGGUUGUAUCUGCUCUGUCACGAGAUGCUUAACCCGUACUACGGCCUGUUCCAGUACUCCACAGAUAACAUCUACACGCUGCAGAUCAACCCCGACUCGUCCAUCAACCCUGACCACUUGUCGUACUUCCACUUUGUGGGGAGGAUCAUGGGCCUCGCUGUGUUUCACGGCCACUACAUAAACGGAGGCUUCACGCUGCCCUUCUACAAGCAGCUCCUGGGGAAACCCAUCCAGCUUUCUGACCUGGAGACCGUGGACCCUGAGCUCCACAAGAGCCUUGUCUGGAUUCUAGAAAAUGACAUCACAUCUGUUCUGGAUCAUACGUUCUGCGUCGAACACAACGCUUUCGGCAAAUUCCUCCAGCAUGAGCUUAAGCCCAACGGCAGAAACAUCCCAGUGACGGAGGAGAAUAAAAGGGAAUAUGUCAGGCUCUACGUGAACUGGAGGUUCAUGCGUGGCAUCGAGGCCCAGUUCCUCGCUCUGCAGAAGGGCUUCACCGAGCUCAUCCCGCAGCACCUUCUUAAGCCUUUUGACCACAAGGAACUCGAGCUGAUCAUCGGAGGACUCGGGAAGAUCGACCUGAACGACUGGAAGGCGAACACGCGGCUGAAGCACUGUGUGGUCGACAGUAACAUAGUGAAGUGGUUUUGGCAGGCGGUGGAGUCGUUCGACGAGGAGAGGAGGGGCAGAUUGCUCCAGUUCGUCACCGGCUCCACACGCGUCCCUCUUCAAGGCUUCAAAGCACUGCAAGGUUCUACAGGUUCUGCAGGACCAAGGCUCUUUACUAUCCAUUUGAUCGACGCCAAUACGGAUAAUCUGCCCAAAGCUCACACAUGCUUCAACCGCAUCGACAUCCCACCUUACGAGUCGUACGAGAAGCUCUACGAGAAGCUCCUGACUGCCGUGGAGGAGACGUGCGGUUUUGCCGUGGAGUGAACGGCUCCGUCCUGCCAGCAACCACUAACCCGUCUAACAGCCCCUUCGACCCUACUACUACUACUACUACUCCUCCUCUUCCUCCUCUCUCUCACUCUUCCUCAGGGUGGACAGGAAGGUGCCUCCCUGCAGGCUGGAGCUAAAGGCCGUCUGAACCCUCUCCCGGGAGGCAGGUGCUACACAGGGCCACACACACACACCAGGCUGUUUCCAGGCUGCUCAAGGAUUAUUUAUUUCUGUUGUGAGUCAGAUGGUUUUAACUUGCAUUACGAUGAUGACCGGUACAAGAAAAGAAAGAAAAAUCCUUUUUUUUUUUUCUCAUUCGUAUUUAAAAUAAAGAAUCGCUUGCCUGUGUCGUUGAAACGGUGGAUUGCGGUGGAUUUGAAAUUCAGCCGAAUUUAUCACCGAGCCACGAAAAGCACAUAGAGGUUUUAGACCCAAACUGAUCAUGAUGCUUUCUGCUCAGAGGACAUGAACCUCUCAGAAACUCCAGCUCGUCUCCCUGUUGCAAUAUUCCCAUCUUUUCUGAGCCUGGGGACUCACGCAGCAGCGCUCGCAUUGUAAUCCUGAGGAUCUUUACCCUACAGCGAAGAACAGACAGACCAGAGGUUUUUAUACUCCACUUGAAUUCAGUGACAUGUACAGACAGCUCCCUUCUACUCUUUUUGCAUCUUAUAGAAUGACGGUGUACAUUUCAAUGAUGAGCGUCUCUUAUAGUGUAUGUCAUCAUUAUUAUUAUUUUUUUAGUUAUUAUUUUUUAUUUUAAAAAUUGAUCGCUUGUUACGUAAAACUAAACCUUUUUCCCUGUGAUCAUGUCAAGAAUGCUUACCAUGUCUUAGAACUUUUGGGGUGUGCAUGUGUGUGUGCAUGUGCAUACUUGUGUGUGCGUGUGUGCGUGUGCGUGUGUGCGUGUGCGUGUGUGUGUGUGCGUGCGUGUGUGUGCGUGCGUGUGUGUGCGUGUG